CGGUAAAGCACGAAACAAACGUUCUCACGUGGAGCUGCCGCUGGAUCCUGUAUGUCGGAAUCUGGAUAAAUGAUGGGUUCUGAGGAUAACAGCACCGUCUUCUAACAUGAGAUGUUGAUCGAAUCGAAAUGACAGAAGAAGACCUGUUGCAAAAAGACUGGUAUGCUGUCCUGGAUGCCAGUCCAACAGAUUGCUUACAAGUACUGAAGCAGAAGUACCAAAGACUGGCGCUGUUGUACCACCCAGACAAGCAGAACCCAGAUACAACGGUGGAGCAAGUUCAGCAGUGUGUUCAGAGGUUCAUCGAGGUCGACCAAGCGUGGAAGAUCCUGGGUGAUGAGCAGACAAAGAGAGCCUAUGAUCUGCAGCGACGUGCUGGAGAGCUGAGGCAGAGCUGGCCAGUCGAUGCCCACAUAUGCUUGGAUGACAUGAGCUGGGAUGAUGAGGAGCAGGUCUACAUCUACAGCUGCCGCUGUGGUGGUUCCUACCUCCUUGGAAAAGAUGAAGCAGAAGAAGAAUCCAUCUUGUGCUGUGAUACCUGCUCCCUGAGUAUAGAGAUAAAGAGGACUUCCUGUGGAUUACAGACUGUAAAUGAAGACUCUCUAGACAUUUGAGUACUUUAAUAAGUUUAUAUACAUGUUCAGGAUACAAACAGAAUUUGGCACGUAUGAUGUGGCUCAGUGAGUAGUGAGAUCACCUCAUACCUCCCGGGUUUGGGAGCCCAUGUUGCAGGCUUCCCUCCAGCUUCUCUGCUUUCCUGCUGCAGUUCAAACUAAGUGGCAUCGCUCAGUUGUGUGUUCGUGUUCCCUGUGAUGGGUUGACGAUUUUUAUUAUUUUUUUUGUCGAUCAUAUGAUUUUAUCAGCAUGUGAAGUUUCAUUUAGAAAGUUUAUUAAGUGUUAAUCCUAGGUUACCUUUCCAUCCCUAAAAAAACUAUGCAAGUACUCAAACAAAACUUAAAUGCCAUACUGACAUUUAAACUGACGCUGAGGAUUAAACCAUUUUAAUCAAAUGGGUUACUCUUUUUUUUCCCCACAAAAAAAAGAAAUUUUUAAACUAAGCAUAAAUUUAAAUAAAAACUUUAUUGAAAGUAUCACUGUACAACAUAUUAGCUACUUACAAUAUCUUACAAUACAUUUACAGCCUGCAAGAAGCUUAAUCCCUUGGUAUAAUCCUUCCAGUUGGACUCUUGCUUAGUCUUCCAAAACUGGGUGGAGGCCAAAGCUGUGAAAGGAACACAGAGGUUAAAACACAGGAAACACUUUUAUGUACUUCAUAUACUUCAGGAUGCUUUCUGAAAUGUGAAAAGUAAAACAUUGCUCUAUUCCAUUUUAAAAUAUAAGAAUUGUACGCGAGAGUUUUAGCAGCAGACUUCUGGUUUCAACACAGACACCGUGAGAAUGCAUGUAACGCAGUAAUAAAACGGAGGAUUAAACUAAGAUCUUCAUGUUGCCACAUGCAGUAUGAGCUGCUUUUUAAAUCCCCUCGGAAGACCUUCAGACCUCAAAGGGUAAAAUGUAGCACCAGUCUUUUCUGCCUGCAGUACCUUCAAGCAAACGCGUCCUCGGAUGAGGGCAUAGGGCACGGGGCCGUAAGCCCGUGAGUCUGUCGAGUUCCUCAGGUUAUCCCCUUCCAGCCACACAUGUCCUUUCGGGACCUAGAUGCAUAGAGCAGAAUGAUGGUUCAACUUUCCUUCCAGUUUACAAAUGGUGCCAAACCUUCUUGCUCCUGCCAACUCUGCACAGAAGAACCUUUUCUUUCAUAAGCUGCUGCUGUACACUUAAGCUUCAAGAACGGUGACUUGAUAAACUGUUUUGUUAUAUUGUCUCUUUUCUUCCACAUUGGAAGAUGUUUGGGGAACAAGGUCACAAAUUUAUCAUACUUCAAAUGGGGUCAUUAGGCUGUUUGUUUAAUUCUGCCCCAUUGUAACAGAAGCAGCUUAAACAAGGCUGGCUGUGCUCAUCAGCAUCCUGGGGUCUGAACCAAGGCUAGAGCUGCCAGUGGGCCCGCAACAGACCCAACCUUAAUUGACUGUGACAUCAAUUAUGAACAAUCUCAUCACUUCAGAAGAGUAGGCUUGUCAAACAUCUAAUUAAGUGCUCAGUAGCAUAUAUGUGCAGACAGGAUCAACAACACAUUAUAUUGUAAUAAUGGCCAUCACGAAAUAGGUGUCUAUUUUUGUUUUCUCUAACUUUUCACAGCUCAGGCCACUGGACAAAAGUAAAGCAGAAAGUUACCCAUUUCCAUACAUAGUAAAGGAGCUUCUGUUACUGAAACAACAAGCAGCAGUUCAACUGAAACUACCCCUCCUCAGCCAACCCAUCCAUCCACCAAUUGCCUGCUUAGGGUAUCAGUACUAUGAUUAGGAUCUUAUCAAGCAGAGAUUUCAUUUAAAAAAAAAAAAAAUCCAGUUAGCCUAACUGAUACAAACUUCACAUUGGUACUUGUGAAACUUCUGCAAACCUUUAAGUACCAGUUGACUUCAAAGGGUAAAAGGUUAUGCUAAAACGUGUCCAGCCUAAACAUUCUCACGAUGAUGGCAUGCCAGCCUUUGCCUGUUAAAAUAAUUCCUCAUUAAUAUGUAAGCACAUGUUCCAACAGUUUGUCAUCUGUUUGGCCAGAGUGUGUGCUCUCUAAUUUAAAGAUGCCUAUGUUCUGUGUAUGUAAAUUAAAUGAUCCCCAUUUAGAGCAGAUGUAAAAAUUCACACCCGGUGCCAUUUGGCAGUCAGCUGUGUAUAAAAUGUGAACUGCACUGGCAAACUGUGCUUCUAUAUAAUAAAGCUCCUUAAUCUAC